AGCAAACCGGAAGUGGCUUCAUUCGUGGUCGUGAUGGACUCCCUUCGGGCGCAGCGGCUCCAGCCGGGCGUCGGCGGCGCCCUCCGCUCCCUCCGUCCCGGCGUGACCACGGCUCCUCCUCCGCCCCCGCUGGUACUCCCGCCACCGCCUCCUCCGCUGUUUCCGGGCCUUGCCUUGGCCGGGACGGGCGGACCUCCGGCGGGUCUGAGGGAGGCCGUAGAGGCCGUGGUGCGAAGCUUCGCCAAGCACACGCAGGGCUACGGGCGAGUGAACGUGGUGGAGGCCCUGCAGGAGUUCUGGCAGAUGAAGCAGUCGCGGGGGGCCGACCUCAAGAACGGGGCGCUGGUGGUCUACGAGAUGGUCCCCUCCAGCAGCCCCCCCUACGUCUGCUACGUCACCCUCCCCGGCGGGAGCUGCUUCGGCAGCUUUCAGUUCUGUCCCACGAAAGCCGAGGCCCGGAGGAGCGCGGCCAAAAUCGCCCUGAUGAAUUCCGUCUUCAACGAGCACCCCUCCCGGAGGAUCACCGACGAGUUCAUCGAGAAGAGCGUCUCGGAAGCCUUGGCCUCUUUCAACGGCAACAGAGAAGAAGCCGAUAAUCCAAGCACAGGCAUCGGCGCCUUCCGCUUCAUGCUGGAGUCCAACAAAGGGAAGUCAAUGCUGGAGUUCCAGGAGCUGAUGACGGUCUUCCAGCUGCUGCACUGGAACGGCAGCCUGAAAGCCAUGCGGGAGAGGCAGUGCUCGCGACAGGAGGUGCUGGCGCACUACUCGCACCGGGCCCUGGACGACGACAUCCGCAACCAGAUGGGCCUGGACUGGGUGAGCCGGGAGCAGAGCCUGGCGGGGGCUCUCUCACGAGAGAUGGCGGCCGCCGAGCGAGAGCUGGAGGAGGCCCGCCUGGCCGGGAAGGAGCUGCGCUUCCACAAGGAGAAGAAGGACAUCCUCAUGCUGGCCGCCGGGCAGCUGGGCAGCCGGCACCCCGCCAACUGCUAGGACCUCUCAUCCGGGCCUCCAUUGCACCUCUGAAACCCCGCCGAUCCGCAUCAGGACCCCACCAAUCCCCUCCGUCGGUUUGAUCCCGACCCCCUCCGCCUCCUGGUUUUGUCACCCCGAUCAAACAACGUUCUGAUUUCCCAAAACGUUGCGUUUGGCCAAGACUCCAGCCGUUGUCGCAAUGCCUUUUCCCAUCCUUCCGUUGAAGCUGGACUUGCAAAGAUUUUAGCGGUUGUUACAAUACUUUCUUCAGUCAAAGCUGGACUUGCAAAGAUUUCAGCCGUUGUUACAAUACUUUCUUCAGUCAAAGCUGGACUUGCAAAGAUUUCAGCCGUUGUUACAAUACUUUCUUCGGUCAAAGCUGGACUUGCAAAGAUUUCAGCCGUUGUUACAAUACUUUCUUUGGUCAGAACUGGACUUGCAAAGAUUUCAGCCGUUGUUACAAUAUUUUCUUUGGUCAAAGCUGGACUUGCAAAGAUUUCAGCCAUUCUUACAAUACUUUCUUUGGUCAAAGCUGGACUUGCAAAGAUUUCAGCCAUUCUUACAAUACUUUCUUUGGUCAAAGCUGGAUUUGCGAAGAUUUCAGCCAUUGUUGCAAUGCCUUUUCCCAUUUUUCAUAGAUGGACUUGCAAAGAUUUCAGCCGUUGUUGCAAUGCCUUCAGUCCAGGAUGGAUUUGCAAAGAUUUCAGUCAUUGUUGCGAUGCUUUUUCCCAUUUGUCUGUAGAAGCUGGACUUGCAAAUAUUACAGCCGUGGUUGCAACACUUUCUUCAAUCAAUGCUGGACUUUAUUUGUUGUUGCAAUUACUUUUCCCAUUACUCAAAGAUGGAUUUGCAAAGAUUUCGGUCGUUGUUGCACUACCUUCUUCCGUCAAACCUGGACUUGCCAAUAUUUUAGUUGUUGUUGCCAGACCUUCCUCAGUCAUAGCUGGAUUUGCCGAGUUGUUGUUGCAACGCCUUUUCACAUUCUUCAAAGCUGGACUUGGAAAGAUUUUUGCCAUUUGUUGCAAUUACCUUCUUCAGUUAAAGCUGGACUUGCAAAGAUUCUUCCAUUGUUGCAAUACUUUCUUCAGUCAUAGCUGAAUUUACAAAGUUGUUGCAAUGCCUUUUCCCAUUCUUCAAAGCUGGAUUUGCAGAAAAUUCCGCUCAGAACUCCCAUUUCUAUCCAAAUCCAGAUACUGCCUCUUUUUGCUGAAAAUCAAGGGCCCUUUGCAGAUGUUGGAGGGAAAAAAAUGAACAUUUUUUUUCUGGAGAGAUUAGAUUCUUGAGGUCUUUUCUUUUUUCCAGAGCACAUAAUGUCGUGUUUUUGGUGUUGAAUAGAACUGAUUCCGUUGUGCUUCGGUUCUGUCUAGGUACAGUAUUAAGUGGAAGUGUAGCAUUGCCAGAAAAAGACUUGUUUUUGGUGUGUUGCUAUGGAUAUAAUGCAUAAUUUUAAUGAAUAUAAUGCAUAAACCAUAUGGAAGGGAAAGGGUGUCUUUGAGGUUAUAUUUUUCACUGAAUAGAAAUACAUACAGUAGAGUCUCACUUAUCCAACACUCACUUAUCCAACAUUCUGGAUUAUCAAUGCAUUUUUGUAGUCAAUGAUUUCAAUGCAUUGUGAUAUUUUGGUGCUAAAUUCGUAAAUACAGUAAUUACUACAUAGCAUUAAUGUGUAAUGAACUACUUUUUCUGUCAAAUUUGUUGUCUAACAUCAUGUUUUGGUGCUUAAUUUGUAAAAUCAUAACCUAUUUUGAUCUUUCAAUAGGCUUUUUCUUAAUUUCUCCUUAUUAUCCAACAUAUUCGCUUAUCCAACGUUCUCCCGGCUCGUUUAUGUUGGAUAAGUGAGACUCUACUGUAAUUGUAUUGAACAUUACAUAGUGAGAUAGGCUCAGCGUUACAACCCGAGAAGCACAAUUUGAAUGCGUUCGGCUGGAAAUUUCCUGAUCCGUUAACAUUCAAAAGGGAUUUCUAUACGAAAACAACCUGCCAGGCUUGAGCUGUUUUAAAAGGAGAUUUAAUGGAAAGUAGUCUCUUACCAAAAUAGAUGUGCAAAAAGACUUCGUUCAGAGCAGAGCUUCUUUUGGCCUCUGCGAUUCGUGUCCCAGAAAUAAGCCUUGUACUUUUAUAUAUAUAUAUAUAAAUAUAUAUGUAUCUAUUUUUAUAUAGCACUUUGUUUACACCGCAGUAUUGAUGUUUAUAAACACAUUUAUUACAAAACGGCCCUCGAAGGGUUGACUCCUGUUUUGUUCUCACAAUGUUCUGUAUUGGUUUUAUAAUGCCUAAUUCUUUUUUAAUAUAAUAAAGCUAGCGUAUCCGUCUGGGUUUUGCCUUUC